UCAUCACUUGUGAAUGUUUGCUUUCCACAGCUUUCAUUCCUGCAAAGAAUGAGUUUGAGCCACGUGGAGAAUAUGCCUUUAGGCCAUACAAGUCCUCACGGAGCACAGAGACCAUCCUGGAAGAAAUGGCUACUCUACUCAACAAUGGUUAUUUUGCUAUUGCUUUGCUCCUUCAGUACACUAAUCUUCACUUUUCUUCCACUCAAGACUGCCAAUGGGCCCUGUAUAGCAAAGUUUGGACCAUUACCUUCAAAAUGGCAAAUGCCCUCUCCUGAGCCUUCUUGUGUGAAUAAGACAGCUGAUUGGAGGCUGAAAAUACUUCAGAAUGGUUUGUAUUUAAUUUACGGCCAAGUGGCUCCCAAUACAGCCUACAAGGGGCGAGCUCCUUUUGAGGUGCUGCUACGUAAGAAUGAAGACCCCAUACAAGCUCUAACGAACAACUCUACAAUCCAGAACAUAGGAGGGGCUUAUGAAUUCCAUGCUGGAGAUGUAAUAGACUUGAUAUUCAACGCUGAACAUCAGGUUCUAAAAAAUAACACAUACUGGGGGAUCUAUUUGCUAGCAAAUCCCCAGUUCAUCUCCUAGAGACUCGAUUUGGUCUCCUCUGUCCUCUUCAGCACAUGCAGAGAUGCCAGUGGGUAGGAUGGAGGAGGAAGAUUCUCAGUGCCUACAGUUCAUCUGGGCAUACAGAUCAACACAAACAGAACUCCUCUGCAUGUGGAUUUUCAUUUCUUAGGCCUGUCUGGAUAAGACUCAGAGGGAGGACCAAAGACACUUGGUUACCCUUGAUGUUAGGUCAAAAAAGGCACUUUACUAGCUCAUGAUAAAAUGAAUACAGGUGGCUAGAGGACAGACUGACUCUUCUCAAAGUGUCUUUGUCUAACCCUUGAAUCCCUGGGUGGAAAAAUGAAGUCUUAGUCCCAUGGGAGCCUUAUCUGGUAUGAAAAAAGAUCCAGGGCAGUAGCCUGGCCUUGUUCUCAUACUCUUGGACCGUGGAUUUCUUGACUUCAUUCUUCCCAUAUUCCUAUCUUCUGAGACCCUCCUAAUAAAAAGUAGUCAGACUUGGAGGGUGGCCACAGAUAGGCCAGCAAUACACCACUUUAGAUUUGAUGGCAUUAGAGGAUAAAGAACACUCUUGAGAACUGUUGGGACAGAGGCACAGGUGGCAUUGGAAUGGAACGCACUUUAUUCGGGAACUUUCCUUGAUUUUACCAUACUCAGGACGCAGGGUGCUUUGUAAAACCAGCUGGUCAAAAGGGUCAUUCUGAACCUUCACAUAGGGCUUCAAGAGAACUUGUGUAUGUGUCUAAACAUUGUCAAUAGUAAAGAAAGAGUAAUCAUUACUAAUCAUAAGAUUUACCCCAGAAAUGGAUAUUACCAGUACUGUAUUUUGUCAUGUAAUGAUUUCAUAUUUUUAGCUAGCUCUGCACAGUUUGCAAAGUGCUUUCAUAUAUCACAUGACAAUUCUAUGAAGUUAAUGCAGCAGAAGUUAAUGGAGCAGGUAUUUUUGGCACAGUUUUAACAAUGAGAAUUUGGAGCCAGAUGGAAUAUAGGUAACUUGUUUCAACCCAGAGAACUAGUGAUUAACAAGGGGCCCUGGGCUUCCCACUGUAUCACACUGUUUUAUCUCUAGGGUUGGUAUUUCUGCUAUCAUAUUAGAAGUCUAUAAAGUUUAGCAGAUUUGAUUUUUCAGGCGGUAUAUUCCCUUUCAGCCCAAGGUAGGUAGAGUGAAGCUACACCAAUUCUUUCCUUUCUCAGCAAACUUCUUUUCCUUUCCUUGCCUGGAGCAGGGAGCACAGGGUGUUGUUCAGGACUGACUUCAACCAAAUUCCCUUCCUCACUUUGAAGAGCCUGUCUUGGUCAAAUGUGUUAACUUCCAAAAAGAAUGAAUAGCACUCAAUUCAAUGACAGUCUGCUAAAGUUUUGGACUCUGCGAAAUUAACUAGCUGCUUAUGGGUUCUUGUUGAAAGGUAUGUAAUGUGAUUACAUGAUAAUCCAAUUUAAAAUAUUUAUGCAUAUUUGUAAAAGUCUACAUUGUUAAUUAAUAGUAAUCACCGUAUAAAGCUAAUUUAAAAAUAUUUGUAUUGUGUGCAAGAAAAACUGCCUGGGAGCAGACUAAGCCUGAGGCCACGGUGCUUCUUAGUAAUUUUUUUUUAAAAGACAUCUGCUGAGUAGCUUAGGGCCAAAGGCUUGGAUGCCUGGUUCCUCUUGCAUUUGUAUAUUUUCUCAGGAAAUUAAAGUUAUAUGACAUAUAUUUAUGGAAACUUGGUGAUAUUGAUUGUUGUUGAGUUAUAAGCAGCAGUGUGCUGGACUGGGCCAGUACUAGUUCAUAAGAAGUGAUUGUUAAAUUUUCACAAAUUGCACAAUCUGGUUGUUAAAUACAGUCAUCCUUGAAAUUGGUCAUGGUGGGACUAUUUAUACCAUGGGAACUGGAAAAUGCUACAAAUCAGGGCUUUUCUUUUUGGAAAACCCAUUCACCAGCACACCACUGCUUGUAAAACUCUCCUUCUUAAUAACUCCUCUUGGCUUCUGCGUCAUUCCUGGGACAAUCAAGGCAGACAAGGGAGAAAGUGAAAUUGUCAUACUCCUAGCAAAAGCCCCACAUAUCAGUGAUUUCUCAGGGCAAGCAGAGGUCUCUGCAGUUGCAACCAGAAAGACAGCUACCGACAGAUGACCUUUAAAUUUCCCUAGUGUUGUA